GUUUGCGUGCGCAGGAAGUCUUGUGAUUUUUCCAAACAUCAAUGGAGGAACUUCCUAUUAAAGUUGAGAUUCUAUACGAAUCCGAUCAACUCUUUUCAGAACUAAAGAAGAUUGGACAAUACAUCCCACUUUCAACAUUUCUCGAGAUUCUAAAACUUGAACCUGAUGGAAAAUUUGAGAUACUCAGAGUGAAGAAAAAAGUAGUGAAACCUAAGGUAGAAGGUGAAAAUAUUUAAUGUACUUAUGACGUUGUUUUCUGCUUUUUCACUUGUCGACCAAUAAAGGUAGUGCCCGAUGAAACGAAGAAGGUGGACUGGGGACCUUUUUAUGGUCCGGUGAAAGAUCAGGGAGAACACGAUAUAUGUUGGGCCAUUGUGACGGCUGAAUUAGUCACUGCAAUACGGUGGAUCAAACAACGUGAAAACGGGACUGAGUACUCGUAUCAAGAGCUUGUAGAUUUUGUGUUUCCGGAGAAGGGAAAGCUUCGAAACAAUAAGGCGCAUUUCUGUUAUAGGCUCAGCAUCUUAAAAGCCUUGAGGUAUGUUGUUCAACAAGGUAUUCAAAAAGCAGUUGACCGGCCUUUCGAUGGGUGCAAAGAGUUUCCACCACCUCGGGUUUUAUCCAAUCCCCACCUAGGGUAUAUUGGUGCCGCCAAGUCGAUCCCUACCGUAGAAGAAGCUCUCAUUCAUUUGCAAACACAACCCCUGGGAGCGGCAAUGCCAAUCUUUCAACCGGAUUAUGAAAAUAUUAAAGGGGGAAUUUACCGUGGACCAAUGCAUCCGGAUUCUAUGUUUAUGGGCAUGCACGCUGUCUCGGUAACGGGAGCAGGAGUUGAAAACGGGGAGAGUUUUAUGUGGGUUAGAUCGAGUCAUGGUGUGGGUGUGGGAAAGGGCGGCUAUUUCCGGAUUUCGAUUGAUGCAUUGAUUCUCCGAACUGGUGAAGGAUAUCAAAAGCAUGAGAAAGAUUAUUUCAUAGAACCCACCCCACUACUUGUCAGAUUCUGUUUUCCAGAGGUUUUAGAUGAAAAUGACGAGAAGAGAUUGAAGGAAAAUACAGCAAAAAAAAUAGCAAGUAUGGACCGAAGGGAAGGAGCAACAUCAGGCAAAAACAAGAAUAAUAAGUGAACCACAUCGUUCAUGGGUUGAGAACCAAAGAUCACUGGAGCUCCUUUAUAAUUACCUCAUAACUUAUCGUCUUUCGAGCUGAAAA